ACACACUGCUCCACGGCAACUAUUCCGUCUGGAUCCUGGUGAGGACAUUUUGGAUAGUGCCCUAGGUAGUUUAGCCGCUCUUCUUUAUGGACCACCUAUCCUGCUGCGCUCAUAACAUCGUGCCGAGUUUACAGGGGUUCAGUGGUACCAGUUUAGAACGGGACUGCUCUUGUCACGUGAUAAAAACGAAUCCACAAAACCGUGCUUGUUAAACUGCUCUGGUGCUGAGUUUUAGACUUUAAUUUUCUUGUUACAUUUGGACACCCCGAGGAGACUUUAUCACAGGUGAAUGAGAUGGCCCACUUCUCUACAAUGUUUGACUAUUUUGUCCUUUUUUAUUUCACAAUAAAUAGCACAGUUCUGGACUACUUUUCAAUAUAAUGUAUAUAUAUUCUUGUCAGGACAUCGGUCUGACAACUGCGCUGAAAUGCUCAGUUUCAUGAGCCGAAACUGGGUCUUUCGUGCUGUCGGUGGGGUGCGCGGUUCCGGCCUCUCUUUAUUUCACGCUGUCUUCAGAGCUGCUGCAAAACGGACGAAACUACGGCCACAGUAUGCCAGGGCUGCUGCUCGGAGACGUAUUUCCUGAUUUCGAGGCAGAGACCACCACUGGUACAAUUCAGCUCCACGAAUUUCUCGGUGAUUCAUGGGGAAUCCUGUUCUCCCACCCCAGAGACUACACUCGUUGCACCACAGAGCUGGGCCGAGUUGCCAGACUGAGCAGUGAAUUCAGUAAACGCAAUGUUAAAGUGAUCGCCCUAUCAGUGGACUGUGUGGAGGAUCACCACGGCUGGGCCAAGGACAUCCUGGCCUACAACUGUGAGGAGUCCGCCUGCUGCACGCUGCCCUUUCCCAUCAUAGCGGACAGCAAACGGGAGUUGGCAGUUGCCCUGGGCAUGCUGGACCCAGAUGAGAAGGACAAAGAUGGCAUGCCCCUUACUGCCCGCUGUGUUUAUUAUGGUCCUGACAAAAGGCUGAAACUGUCACUGCUUUACCCAGCCACCACAGGACGCAAUUUUGAUGAGAUCUUGAGAGUGGUGGACUCUCUCCAGCUCACAGCAGGGAAACGAGUGGCCACACCUGCCGACUGGAAGCCUGGAAACAGUGUGAUGGUCCCUCCCAGUAUGUCUGAAGAAGAGGCGGCCUCUUUGUUCCCAGCUGGUGUCUACACCAAAGACCUGCCCUCUGGCAAGAAGUACCUGCGAUACACACCGCAGCCAUAAGCACAGGCAGAGAGGACACUGAUAUUCAAUGCUUGCAUCUGUUCCAUGGACUGCACUUUAAUGCAGCCACUCUCACCUGGUUGGCAGACAUCCCAGCUUUGAAUUAGUCCAGUCAAAAUGGAUGGAAUGAAUACCAGUGCCUUAAGAUAUAAGAUUAUUCUAAUUAAGACAAUUAGAACAGAUCCAAUAACACAGGCUGCAGUGUUCUGCCCACUUUUCUAAGAAGAUAUAAAGGAGCAGUCAGGGGAAAAUAUAUUGAUUACUAUUUAAAGAAAAUAAAAGUAUUUUUAUCUA